AUGAAGGAGGUAAGUUCGUUUGAAGACAAGCAGUCGUUUAUCCCGGAAUCUCAGAUCAUGGCACAACGUCUGCCAUCGUUUCGAGCUUUCAAUCGCUUGUUGAAGCUUGACGCUGUUGACGACUAUUCAAAAGCGUACGACGUUUACGAGACCGAAGACAAGUCUGAACAAAAGGACUUGGUGCAGUUUUACCUGACAACGUUGUGCAACAUCAUAGAGCGCUUGACAAAGCCGACCUUGGCGUACAGAGAAUCUAGAUUUUUAAAUGUCGGUGGCGGAUUGGCGUUUCUCUGCGCUUUGAUAGAAGGAAAAACGAUCAGCGACGUGUACGUUACAGAUUGGACGAAGGACAAUAUUUAUGAACAGCGAAGAUGGCUAGAAGAUGAGCAAGGAAAAGAUCUCUCUGCCAUAGACAUGCUAAAUGCGUUCGAUAACAGCAACACGAAAGCUGCGUUACGAGACUCUAACGCAAAGGUGAGAAUGCAUCACUAUUAA